AAAAAAAAAAAGAGUCCCCUCCUUUGGAAAAGAAACCAUUGUCUUCUUCUUCUUCUUCCUCUCGAUCGAUCCUUUCUCUCUCCCUCUUUUAGAUCUGUUUAGUUUCUUUUCGGGGGUCAAAUUGAUUGCUGUUCUAGUCUUUUAAAAAUUCAUCCUUUUGAGAGAUUCGACUUUACUCUUUGAUUCGUCUGGGUUUAAAUGGAGGCUAAGCGUGACGAGCUUGGAGGUUGUUAUGCUGCUUGGGGGUAGCGAUUACAGAAAAUUAGAAUUGGGUUUUGGUAAUUUGGGUGAAGAAGACGACUUUUUGAAUCGAAUGUCGUUGUUUUCUGGCUAUCAGAUUCUUUACGAGACUAUGAAUUGCGUUGGUAAUGGUAAUGGUAAUGGCGGUUUUGUGAUGGGUCUCAAUGGUUUUGUGGGUUUUUGUGAAAACACUGUGGAUAUUAACUUGCCUGAGGAUCCCUUUUGUAUGAACAUUAGGUCGACUUUGAAUACGAUCUCGGAUUGGUUUCAUGAGAAUCAGAUGGUUUUAGUAUCAUCAGAUUCUUAUGAUGUUCCAAUUGGUGGUUGUGGUGUUGAGCAUACCAUGUUGCAGCAGCAGCAGCAGCAAGUCAGCAGCACGAAGAUGAUUGGUUUUGAGGGAUUUGGUGUUGAAGAAGAAGUUAGUUUGCCUGAGGAUCCAUUUUGUAUGAAAGUUAGAUCCACUCUGAACACAAUCUCGGAUUGGUUUCAUGAGAAUCACAAGGAUUUAGUAGCUGACCAGAAUCUCUUCGAGAGCCUGAGUUGUUUUUAUAAUCCAACUUCAAUUUCCCAACAAAUAAUCCGUAGCAGUGAUCCUGAUGAUGAUGAUGAUGAUGAUGAUGAUGAUGAUGAUGAUGAUGCUGGUGAGCCUCAUGACGCCUUUGAGUUAGUCACUGCAUACCUAGGGUUGAAAGAGAUUCUCGCGGUUGAAGGGGUCUGCAGGUCCUUGCGUGACUCGGUUAGGAACGAGCCUUUUCUCUGGAUAAUCAUUGAUCUCAAUGACUCGUUUCUCAAAUAUAGAGUUACUGAUGAGUCCCUUUUGAAGUUAACAUGCCGUGCUCAAGGCCAUCUACAAUGUUUGAAUCUGGGAGGAUGUGUAGGUAUCACUGAUUAUGGACUGAAACAGGUGCUUGUAAGCAAUCCCAAUCUCACAAAGCUAAGUGUAUCAGGUUGUCUAAGACUAAGCACAGCAGGACUGCUAUCCAUUUUAAGGGACUUAAAAUCUUCAAACCGUCUUGGAGUCAAAAGCUUAAUCACUGGUGGGGCUUUAUAUUUCACGAAAGAUCAAUUUAAAGAGCUGAACAUCUUACUGGGAGCAGAUGCUAAAGCAGGUCCAAUAUCGAGGAAGAUGAGAUUCUACACUUCUUGUAGAUCAGAAUUCUCUUUAGAGGAUGAUCGAGUUACUGACCUAGAGAUAUGCCCGUGGUGUGAGAAACCAAGUCUGGUAUUUGAUUGUCCAUUGAAGGAUCAUCCUUAUCUUAAUUCAUCGUGCAGAGCUUGCGUAGUCUGUAUAGAAAGGUGCCAUGAGUGUGGGAGUUGCUUAAGUGAUUGUGAAAACAAGCCGUUCUGUUUUGCAUUCAGCUGUGUUGUCUGCAUUGAGAAGAGGUCUAACCAGUUACAAGAGUUUAUUUGAAGUCAAAACAAGCUAACAGAAGAAUAGAAAAACUGAAAAAGUCUUAGACGCUUGAGGUAUUAAUCAAAGUCAAUGAGAAGAGCUGCAACAAAAAAAAGGAACCAAGAUUAGUCUCACAAGGGUGUUUAUUCUUGCAUUUACUGAAUCAUGACAGACCUAAGCGAACUUGAUUCUGCAAGGGGCUCCCGGAGAGAGGAGAAGAAUCAAAGACAAAAGCUAUACUUGAAAGCUGAAGCACCGGGCUUCUGAUGUAAAUAAGUAGAACUUACAAGAGAAGGGAAGAGAAUAAAGAAUACAUCAGAUUCCGUCCAAGUACUGUUUCAAGUACCUAUUUCUCAUAAUCAUCAUUUAAUUAGUCUUCUAAUCUCCAUAUAUAGCUUUUGUUAGAUGACUUGUAUAAUUUUCAAAUAAAAAUUGGAUCAAUCUUAAUAUCUUAUCAAUCAA